AAAUUACGAAAGAAGUUAAGGCAAAUCAAACGGUUGUGUUGCUUUGUAUUUGACACAACUUUGCCUCUCCAGAGCGACGCACAGAUAAAGCUUUUCUCUCGAUUUUGCUUUGUUUUUAUCUAUAGUCUCAGAAGCGCUGCUUAUUCGUUGUUAUUCCUUUUAAAACUGCAUUAUUUUGUGUUCGAAUAAUCGGUAUUUGGGUGUUAAUCUUUCUGUUUUCUCGGAAAUAUCUUGGUGAUCUGUGAAAACUGGAAAGAGAGAGGCGGAGAGUUUAAUUUUGUCUGUACUAAAGGCAAGAUCGAAGAACUAAGCUGAAUCGGGGCGGCUUUGUGGGCAUAGUGGGGCUGUGUGGGACGGGCAUUUUUGGUCCAAUUUUGGAAAGUUAAGUUCGAUCCGCUUUAUUAGUUGCGUAGGGAUCUGAAAGGUCAGGGUUUGUGACAUAGAGAGGGAGAGACGAAGAAAAAAGAAAAAUGUGGUGGAUGAUGGGUGAGACUGGAGGUCACUACUGUAACAAGAAAACCGACGAUAUUUGCGGCGAUGUUUGUGGCCAGGAAUCAAACCGACUGCUGAGCAUGUCAAGACUUCGCUGUCUUCUGCAUCGUGGUUGGGACGUGAAAACCUUGCUCUUUCUUUUUGCAUUCGUUCCCACAUGCAUAUUUUUCAUCUUUUUGCAUGGGCAGAAGAUCUCAUACUUCCUGCGGCCGCUAUGGGAAUCCCCGCCCAAACCUUUUCAUGUACUUCCACAUUAUUAUCAUGAGAAUGUGUCAAUGGAGAACCAGUGCAAACUUCAUGGUUGGGGAAUCCGUGAGUUCCCAAGGCGUGUUUUUGAUGCAGUGUUGUACAGCAAUGAGAAGGAAAUCCUUGAACUACGAUGGAAAGAAUUGUAUCCCUACGUGACACAAUUUGUACUCCUUGAGUCAGAUUCAACAUUCACAGGAUUGCGAAAGCCUUUGAUUUUUGCCAGGCAUCGAAAUGAGUUCAAAUUUGCUGAAUCCCGAUUAACUUAUGGGACAAUUCGGGGGAGAUUUAGGAAAGGAGAAAACCCAUUUGUUGAGGAGGCAUAUCAGCGAGUAGCAUUGGACCUGCUCCUCCAAAAUGCGGGUAUUGAUGAUGAUGACUUGUUGAUAAUGUCUGAUGUUGAUGAGAUCCCAAGCAGGCACACAAUCAAUCUCUUGAGGUGGUGUGACUAUAUACCUCCUAUCCUUCAUCUUCAGCUAAAGAACUAUCUUUAUUCUUUCGAGUUCCAUGUGGAUGAUAACAGUUGGAGAGCUUCAGUCCACAGGUAUCAAAAGGGUAAGACAAGGUAUGCGCAUUAUCGCCAGACGGAUGACAUGUUGGCUGAUGCAGGUUGGCAUUGUAGCUUUUGCUUCCGCCAGAUCAGUGAGUUUACAUUUAAGAUGAAAGCAUACAGCCAUUAUGAUAGAGUUAGGUUCUCUCGUUAUUUGAACCCUCAAAGAGUCCAGAGAGUAAUCUGCAAGGGGGCUGAUUUAUUUGAUAUGCUUCCGGAGGAGUACACCUUCAAAGAUAUCAUAGGGAAAAUGGGGCCUGUUCCUCAUUCCUUCUCAGCUGUUCAUCUUCCAUCAUAUCUUUUCGACAAUGCAGAAAAGUAUAAAUUUCUGUUGCCUGGGAAUUGCAUAAGAGAAAGUGGCUGAAUAUUGUCAACAUUUUAAGAUGCCUGUUCUUGUAAAGGUUAGUUGGGCUUGCAGUUUGCAUGACUUCUCAUGGUGAUUCUAAUCGAAAAAAUUAACUGAUGCAUUACUGAUACAGCCUUGCCAUUUCUCUGGCUAAAUUAUAUCAUUCUUUGGGAAAUGUUUGGGAGAUUGCACAAAUUCCUGGAUUCUUGGGGCAAUAUUUUGUACAUAACUUUUUUUUUUUUUAGUUGGGUUUCAUUUCUGAUAGAGCAUAACCAUUCACUCGCCGAGUUUGCUGGGAUGGGAUCACAGGAUGCUUGUGUUUAUUUGGUAUUGAUAUGUCAUGGUUUCCCACUUACACAGAAACAUUUUGAGGGCCUGCUAUGUUCCCCCCUUUUGGGAGUUUUGUUUAUGACCCAAACUUAUUCAUGUGUUCUUUUAAUCUUUGAUUUGUCUUAUCUUCUUUUUGAAUCUUUUAUUGAUCAUAAUCCUUACGUUAUUUUUUGUCAUGUCAUUUGAGAGAGCAAGGAUUUUGAUGAAUUUGGUCCACUUUUUUGUUCAUAGGGUCUGUUCACUACGGCUGUAUUUUGCUGAAUUCUUUUCCUAUUAGUUGAAGAAAUUAUUAGUGAACUAAUGCUGCUUUGGUAGUGCUGCAAAUUCUGCCUGCUGCUUUCAACUGUUGUUUUUCUACAUCAUCGUACAAAUUAUUAGCUGGCCAAUUGUUCGCCAUGUUAUGCUUAAGAAAAGUAUACUAUCAUCCUAUUUCAAAUGCCCCGAGAAACUUAAUGUUUCUUUUGGUUAAAAUCUAAUCUUUAAGCUAUCCUUGAUUUGUGAUUCUUGGACCAUAAUUGAAGAAAUCUUAGGCAAAUUUGAAAUUUGUUAAUUAGCUAUGGUUUGGCAUUAAUAUUCUCCCAGUCCAGUAGAUCAAGGUAGUUUUAUUCAGUUUUGCAUUGGGGGAAAUAUGUUUUCUUGAUCCAACGUUGGUUCAAGAGUCGAUGUUGCAGUAUUUCUAUUUCCAUGUUGAGCUGCUUUCUUUUGAGGUUUCUUAUGGCCUGUGCCUGGGAUUUGCACGUAGCUUGGAUAUGAGCACUAGCGUUCCGGAGGGAUAGAGUUUUUCUGCAAGAGUGUAUCUGUGUCUUACACAAUGGCUCUGACCGCAGCUUGAAAUAGCUUUUGAUGGUGCGAAGUCUUAUUCUGGCGGGGGUAUGCUUUGCAAGCUAUCGAUUGUUCGUCAGGAUUCAGAUGGUUCCAGUCAAGUUUGAGCCAAUCCUAUGCUUUAAACAUAAAAAGAAAGCACCUUUGGCGCCUUGAUAACACAUCUCCUAUAUCCAAGCAUUGGGAUUCUGUAAUCUGUGCACUUGAUGCCAUGGGGUAUUUUGGAGUCUAGAAAUUGUUCUCUAGCAUAAUUGGCAUCGGAACUGACUUCUACAAGAAGCUUUAUUCUCUGUUCUGAAAGUUUGAAACAGCAUAUAAAUGCUCAAUGGUCUAACGAGGA